AUGACAACCGACGGCCUCUCAGCUGCAAAACUCGCCAUUUACUUGAUUCUACUCCAGCCUGCACUCUACUGUCUGUGGAAACACGGCAAAACAGGAUUUCUUGGCUGGCUUUACAUACAAAUUUUCUGUGUCCUCCGCGUAGCCACUGGCGGGAUCGGCCUGCAUGGGAAUCAGACGGGGGAAGUAGCCGUAGUUCUCAACAGCAUCGGCUUGUCUCCAUUACUUCUUUCAAUUUCAGGAAUACUGCACGAAGCACGACGUGCUGUGAACCCGCGUCUCAACAGAAAGCUUGACAUUAUACUGGAAAUCCAGUAUCAUGGCAUUGUUACUCUGGGAAUGAUUCUAACAAUUGUCGCUGUUGUCCAUAUUUUGGAUGGUGGCGAGAUAUCAAAGAACAGACCAUUGCUUGACGCUGGCUCCGCCAUUACGUGCGUUGCUUGGGUUCUUGUGGUUCUCUGGGCAGUUUGGUCGCAUUCCAUGAAUCGCCGAUUCUCGUCGUACUCGGACAUGCAAACGUCGGAAAACGGCAAACUGCUGCUCAAUGGAGUGCUUGUCGCACUGCCAUUUGUUGGAAUCCGCCUUGUUUACGGCAUUGUCUUUCUACAAUUGACAAUCUCGCACCCGCAUUCAGGUUUUCUUACGUCCAAAGCCGUUCAAGUUUGCCUCAGUUUUCUUCCCGAGCUGGCAUGUAUCACCAGUCUCCUUGUGGUUGGUGUCAUGACUCGCUCUUUAAGACCUGACUUGAAGAAGAGGGAACAAGGGGCAGUUCAACUGGUGUCCCAUCAGGGCAUGCAACUACAGCAGUCGGCAGAAUACAAGUAA